CUCAUUGACUCUGUUUUGGAAUUUGUUCAGAACUAACAGGGAGCUUCUUGAAAGUUCUGUGAUAUUUCAUGACUGAAAAGAUGUCUGAUUCUGGAGUCAAUCCACACUUGGAGGGAAUUAUUUCUGACUUUGAAGCUCUGAAGAGAUCCUUUGAGGUGGAAGAUGUCGACACUUCAUCUCACUCUUCCCCCGGCUCCCGCCGGACAACCAACUCCCCCCACCGUAAUGCCAUGUCUCCCACCAGCAUCUACUACCGUGACCUGGGAACUGCCGCCAACAACAACAACAACCUCAACUACACCCAACCUCGCUCCAUUAUGGGAGGAGGAGGCUCCAAGACCCCCGAGCCUGUGUCACGCCGCUCUGAACUUUCCAUCGACAUCUCGUCUUCAUCCAACAAGCAGGUGGAUAAUGUCACCAGCCCCGCCUCCACACGCUUUGUGACCAACAGCGCCCUGAAACGCCCCGAAGUCCUGGGCCAUUCUAAGACCCCUGAGAUGAGCCACAAGAGGGAGGUCACUUUUGCCAAGACGCCGGCUGACUCCCCAGUGAUACGGCGCAAUGAGGGCAACAAUAACAACAAUGGGACCAGCCGGAUCCCCGAGCAGAAUCAUGCUCGCAAGUUUGAGCCCCCCAGUCCCGGGGAUGUACGUAAACCUGAUAUCAGCAUCACCAGAGCUCCCCCGGAGAACAACGGCCACCACCCAGCGGUGCACCACCCACACCACCCCAACCCACACCACAACACCAUUGUGACCACCUUCCGCUGCUCCUCUCCUAACCAUGCUGGACGCAAAUCCCCCAACCAUGACAGGUCAGAGGUCAAUCUGAGCCACAGCAACAUGUCUGAGUCCGUCAAGCCCAACCACCCCAGUCCACAAGGUAAGGGGGAGAAGACCCAUGGCAGCGACUUCAGCUACGUGGGCAUCGAUGCCAUCCUGGAGCAGAUGAGGAGGAAGGCCAUGAAGCAGGGUUUCGAGUUUAACAUCAUGGUUGUAGGACAAAGCGGCCUGGGGAAGUCCACUUUGAUGAACACCCUGUUCAAAUCCAAGGUGAGCCGUAAAUCAGUCCAGCCCAACACAGAGGAGAGGAUCCCCAAGACCAUCGAGAUCAAGUCCAUCAGUCACGAUAUUGAGGAGAAAGGAGUGAGAAUGAAGCUGACAGUAAUCGACACUCCCGGCUUUGGAGACCAGAUCAACAAUGAAAACUGCUGGCAGCCCAUUAUGAAGUUCAUCAAUGACCAGUAUGAAGCCUACCUGCAGGAGGAAAUCAAUAUCGACAGGAAGAAGAGGAUCCCAGACUCCAGGGUGCACUGCUGCAUAUACUUCAUACCUCCCACGGGCCACUGUCUUAGGCCCCUGGAUGUGGAGUUCAUGAGGCGUCUCAGUAAGGUGGUCAACAUCGUCCCCGUCAUCGCCAAGGCCGACACACUCACCCUGGAGGAGAGGGACUACUUUAAACAGACGAUUAGAGAAGAGCUGCGAGCCAAUGGGAUCGACGUUUACCCUCAGAAAGAGUUUGACGAGGAUGCAGAAGACAGGAUGAUCAAUGACAAAAUCAGGGAGAUGAUCCCUUUUGCUGUGGUGGGCAGUGACCAGGAGUACCAGGUGAACGGGAAGAGGAUUCUGGGGAGGAAAACAAAAUGGGGCACCAUAGAAGUUGAGAACAUUGCACACUGUGAGUUUGCUUACCUGCGAGACCUCCUCAUCAGGACACACAUGCAGAACAUCAAGGACAUCACAGGCAGCAUCCACUACGAGACAUAUCGCGUCCGCCGGUUGAAUGAAUCCAAUGGCCAUUUCAUCUCUCACCCAUCUGAUCAUCCUGCUGAGCCAAAAACCAACGGUCAGCAUGAGGAGCAGCCCAACGCCCUGCAGGCCAACGGAGUGGCUGCCCAGCAUGAAGCCCUGUCCCACGAGAUGUAGAGAGAGUCCUGUGUGGUGCCAAAUUAUGAUUUCAGGACACAGUCAGGCACAAAACAUACACUCACACAUGUAUUCUGUUUACAUGAACAUGCCCAUACUCAUGCUGUGAAGACCAUCAGAAGACCAGCAUAUCGGAUGAUACUAGAUUAGCUCUAAACUAGAAAUAACUGUUAGUGCCACUGGCCUGGUCUGCUUUGUGUUGUGGUGUAUAGUUUUGUAUAGAUACUAGGGUUAAGUAGGGAUAUUUAGGUUAGGUUUAUAGUAUUAUGGAGGAAGUAAAGAUAUUGUUGACACCUCUGCACUGCAAAGUAAAAAAGAAAGCAAUAGCAGUGUAGAGCAGCUUGUGGAAAAAUGAGUCCUCUUGUCAUUUUUCCAUUGUGUUAUGAUGUUUUUAAAACCCCUUUUUUUGCCAAACCAGCCUGUCUCUUUCUAUAUAAUGCCAAUGUUGUGUAAUGCAGUCAUACCUUGCAUUUUACAUUGCUCAUUUACUAUUGUGUUUUUAUUGCUGUUGUUCAUGUCCUUCUAAUAUUGUAUAAGACGGGGUCGUGGAGGAAUUUGUGCAACUGUUAUCCCAUGCAGCUGUUUUGUCCAUUUUUUUUUUUUUUUUUUUCUACUGCAAACCAAAUAAAAGUCAAUUUUUCUGUUCUAAAGAGAAGCACAUACAGUAUAUAGAGUUGAUUUAUGAAUAAGUAUUUAUGUGUAGGUUUAGUGUAAUCAGCAUAAUUCAACUUUCAUUCCAGCUGUUGGUCUCCAGAGGUUUGCUGCAGGUCAUAAACAGUGAUGAUCUUUUAGGUUUCGACGGUGUUUUGUUUUCUGUUGCCCGCACUCAUACAGCAUGUCGUGCCCUGUUGGUUAGGCUCCACUCUAACUGGUGCCCAAGGAGUUAGCCUGCUAGUAAAGUGGUCUGUAUUUGUUCAUUCAAUAUUACUAAUUACAGUUGAUUACAUCCUGCCAACAGAUCAUUGCAAGAACGGUGACGUUUACGUUGCAAGUUUUAAGUGUUUUUUCAGAGGAGGAUAUUUUACUAUUCACCGUGAGGAGGAAUUUGUUCCAAGCAACCUUGAAUAACACCCACGAAAUUCCACAGUGAUGUCAUAUGUCACAGUAUUUUUAAUACUUGUGAAAAAUGUGUACAUUCAUGCGAGCUCAAGGGAUGUUUUAUAGAGGCCACAUCUAAAUUUGUAACAUUCUCAUAAUUUCCUAACAAACAUAGUCAUCAGUGUAUGUUUUGUCUCUUUAAGUCACAAUAAAAAUAUUUCCCAUACAUGCAAUGAGAAGAGAUAACUAUUGUCUUUUAUCCAGAGAAAGUUAUUGGGUUACACUUUGUUUACUGUUGUAUAGUUCUUGUGUAAUUUGUUAUGGUAUUAUAGAUCAAGGUUUUAUCUUUGAUAUGCUAUCUCAAAGAAUAAAGAUUGAUAUUUUUAUUGUUUAAAGUU